AUGGAAAAAUCAUUGUCAAAUAAUUCUAUGAAUAGAAAACGACAGUCAACAAUCGUACAAAUUGAGUGUAAAAUUUGUGGAGCUCCUGCUAAAUAUUCAUUUUUUGGCGUAGUUUCAUGUAAUACAUGUAAAAUGUUUUUCAAACGAAAUGGUGAACGUGGAAAAGAAACAUUGAAAUGUCUCUAUGAUGGUCAUUGUGAAAUAAAUAUAAAUAAUCGUCAUAUAUGUUCUUAUUGUCGACUGAUCAAAUGUUUAAAUAGUGGAAUGCAAGUUGAGUUGAUUCGAUCUUCGUAUCCAAAAAGAAACAAAACUAAUCGAAAAAAAAUCUUGAUAACCAGUUCACAUCAAACAGCAUCACCAAUUCAGUCUAAAUUAAAUGAGCCUCAACAGGUAACACUAAUUGAUAAUCAUACUUCAAUAUGUGAACACUGUUAG